UGUUAUGACUGGUGCUUGGCUGCGGGACAAACUUCCAGAGGCCUCGGCAUUUUUUUCCCUCUGUUCCACCUCAUUGGUUGGAUUCAACGAGGAAAUGUGGCUCCAUUUUGCUGUAAACCUGUCAAACGGACCAGCAGCUAAUUUCAAAUCAACGCUUGAGGGCCGCUUGCACCUUUAACAAACCUUGCUUUUGGAAAAUAGGGGCUGAGAGUUCCUGCUGAGGACAACAGAGCUAUGACGGGCUUCUGAAGACCUCUUGAUCACAUGGACUCCUAUCCUGUGCUGACCAAAUGGUUUAAUCACAAGGACUAAAAAUGAGCAUAAGCAGUGAUGAAGUCAAUUUCCUGGUUUACAGAUACCUGCAAGAGUCAGGCUUCUCCCACUCAGCGUUCACCUUUGGCAUAGAGAGCCACAUCAGCCAGUCCAACAUCAAUGGAGCCCUGGUGCCCCCUGCUGCCCUCAUCUCCAUCCUUCAGAAGGGCCUGCAGUAUGUGGAGGCUGAAGUCAGCAUUAAUGAGGAUGGGACCUUAUUUGACGGGCGGCCCAUCGAGUCCCUGUCUCUGAUCGACGCUGUGAUGCCAGAUGUCGUCCAAACCAGGCAGCAGGCCUACAGGGAAAAGCUGGCCCAGCAGCAGCAGCAGGCGGCAGGCAGUGACAGCGCUGCAGGGCCCCAGGGAGGCCCCAAGAACGGAGAGGGCACUGCCAACGGGGACGAGAAUGGAUCCCACGCCUUAGCCAAUCACCACGCAGAGAUGAUGGAGGUGGACAGGGAAGUGGAGAUCCCCCAGAAUAAAGCCAUGGUUCUCCGAGGCCACGAAUCCGAAGUCUUUAUCUGUGCCUGGAACCCUGUGAACGACCUCCUCGCCUCCGGGUCCGGGGACUCGACAGCGCGGAUCUGGAACCUGAGUGAGAACAGCACAGGCGGGUCCACCCAGCUGGUUCUGAGGCACUGCAUACGGGAAGGGGGCCAGGACGUACCCAGCAACAAAGACGUCACCUCACUAGACUGGAAUAGCGAGGGAACGUUGCUAGCAACAGGCUCAUACGACGGCUUUGCUAGAAUAUGGACAAAAGACGGUAACCUGGCGAGUACAUUGGGUCAGCACAAAGGUCCUAUAUUUGCACUCAAGUGGAAUAAGAAAGGAAACUUCAUCCUCAGUGCUGGUGUAGACAAGACCACAAUUAUUUGGGACGCACAUACGGGAGAGGCCAAACAACAAUUUCCUUUCCACUCAGCACCGGCUCUGGACGUGGACUGGCAGAGCAACAACACGUUCGCCUCCUGCAGCACAGACAUGUGCAUCCAUGUGUGUAAGCUGGGUCAGGACAGACCGGUCAAGACCUUCCAGGGACACACGAAUGAGGUGAACGCCAUCAAGUGGGAUCCCACUGGCAGCUUGCUGGCCUCCUGCUCAGACGACAUGACGCUGAAGAUCUGGAGUAUGAAGCAGGACACAUGUGUCCAUGACCUCCAGGCCCACAGUAAAGAGAUCUACACCAUCAAGUGGAGCCCCACUGGGCCCGGGACCAACAACCCCAGUGCCAACCUCAUGCUGGCCAGCGCAUCGUUUGACUCCACGGUGCGGCUGUGGGACGUGGAGCGGGGGGUGUGUAUCCACACUCUGACCCGCCACCAGGAGCCCGUCUACAGCGUGGCCUUCAGCCCGGACGGCCGGCACCUCGCCAGCGGCUCCUUCGACAAGUGUGUGCACAUCUGGAACACUCAGACGGGGGCUUUAGUGCACAGCUACCGGGGGACAGGAGGGAUCUUCGAGGUGUGCUGGAACGCCACAGGCGACAAAGUAGGAGCCAGCGCGUCGGAUGGAUCGGUUUGCGUGUUAGACCUGAGGAAAUGACACUCGUCAGGGGGAGCCAUGGACCGACUACGAAUGUGUACAUAGCCAAAAUGACUGAGUGUCCCUGCCUGUCCGCCACACUGCUGUAGUCCCAUCUCACACCAUGGCCCGCCAUCACAGCCAAAUGGAGGACCACACCUUGGACACAUACAGAUGUAAAUCAUCGCAUGGACACCUGUGCCGCUCUCUCAGACGUCCAGCAAACAAACAUUUGUCUGUUUUGACAGACACAUCACUCACACACCCAAACACUAGGACUCCUCUCGCUUUCAUCUUUUUAUCCUUUGUACCUGAACGAUUUUUGGUUCUCUGUCGGCGUGUGCAUAUUGCAUAUGUCAGCAGAUGUGUCAUUGUUUUGAAUUUUACUGCUACCUGCGGGUUAAAUAUUACAUGUGGGGUGGGAGAGAAGAGGGGUGGGGCGGGGGUUUGAAAGGUAUUAAUCUUUUUACAGCCGGUGUUUAUUAAUAAGGUGUUCAUUGGGAGAUCCACUUAUUGGCAACAAAUGCAGAAGUUUAGCUUAGAAAAGGAAAAUGGUUUUUAAUUCUGUGGACUAUUUUUUAUCCAAUCCAGUUGUUUUUUUUAACAAAGUAUAAAGCAGUUAAUCAAAGGCUGAACCGUCCUUUGUUUUUGCAACCUCAGAAAUGGUUUUCAGGUGUUCAUAACUCAUCAGGUUAAUAUAUAGAGCUCUAAAGAAUUCAAAACCUUUUAGGCUGAAAGAUAAUCUUUGUAACAACAUGUCACCAAACACCCAUGUGCGUCCAGUGUCAGGUUUCCGUCACGGAUCUGUGGCGUGAGCUUACGGAUAGACGGCGGCUGAGCUGUGUCAGUAGUGAGGUAACGUGGCACAGGAAGAGCUUGCUUUCUGCCGUCGGUUCAGCUUCUGGGAUCUGUGGAAAUCAGAACUAUGUCUGCUCCAUGUGACGCCAACAACUAAUAGUUGUAAUCGUGCUUAUUUCCUCGAUUUUUGGCUUCUUGCUGACAUUGCUAAAUGAUAAUCAGACUAGGCCAUUGUAAUGUUUCCUUUGCUUGUUGGCAUCACUUUAACACAUCGAGUAGUGGUUUCGCUUAAAAAGUCCUGACUUUCACUCUGACAGCUUUCUUUUCCAGCAAGUACACACUACAGUCCCUGCCUUGGUUUGCCGUUGAUAAAAAUUAACACACACACACACACACAAUCUACGCUGUGUUCCGGCCUAUGCAUGGACAGACAGCGCUUACGGUUUGUAGUUUUCAGAGUUGGCGUCUUGAGGCAAGUCUGUGCUUGUUGUUAAAAAGCAGACUCGCAGCAUAUGAUCUGCAUAUAACAUAUAUAUAUCUGUGCUAUCACAUGGGACUCUUCUUGUAUGCCACUACGCUAAGGGUAGUUUUGAAGAUGCUUCAAAUACAGUGUGAUGUCACUGUGCAUCAGCAAGGGUCUUUACCUAAGGAAUGGUGUCUUCUUUUUAUGAAAUACCAUUAAACAGUCAUAGAAAAAUGUAAAAAGAGCAGCCAUGUGAAGGGUGUUUUUUCUUUUUUGCACUUUAGACUAAAAAUGUAGAAACAGGUGUGUUUAUUUAAGUCAUCGUAGACACAUCUAAUAAAAUGCUCUUAAAGGUGAAUUAGAAUUGCUGCAGAAAGUGUGCAUUGGGUAAUUAAGGCGUCCUAGGGGUUCAUCAUUUAGGCAGACUUCGUGGCAUUCCGGUUUUCAUCUCUCAGCCAUAACUAGCAGCUAACGGCUUGACAAACAUGCGCGUAUCGUCGGACUUUUCAGAGGUUUUCUCAGAAUGUUAGUCGUUUAAAAAAAAAAAAAAAAGUACUGAAACUAAAGACUAUUUUAAAGUUUGCUUUUACAGUCAACUGUGAUUGGACUGUAUGACAAAGACACUAUUUCAAAUGAUGUCUAUGACAGUGGAAUGGUAUUUUAUAAUGUUUUGUUUUUAGAUGAUAAGCUUUUUACACUGCAUUCAAGUGUGUUUGCUUUUGUUCCUACAAAAAGUACUAACUUUAACUCUAUCUUUGCUAUGUCGGAGAGCCCUUGAAGGUUUUGUACUCCUCAAAACUUUUGUAAUUCUGAUUUAUUUGUAGCUACGUACACAAAAUGAAAACAAAUAAAUAAUUCCGGAUUAAAUUGUCAAUGUAUUAUAACCUGGAACAUGUAAAUACCAAUUUGCAGAUUUCUUUUUGUUGUGUUGUCUUUGCCCUCACUUAUGUUGUACUCUUUUUCUCUCUCACUCACAUGGUUGCAGUCAGCAACCUCUUGAUCUGACUGUUGUAAUAUCACUCAGAUUUCAAGGUCUAGAAUAAAAUCUAUUUUGAUAAUA